AUGGCGGUGAAAUGGAACCAGGUGAACGGCAGCGAUGGGAUGUUCAAAUACGAGGAGAUUGUCUUGGAAAGGGGUAACUCUGGCCUCGGCUUCAGCAUAGCAGGAGGAAUUGACAACCCCCACAUUCCAGAUGACCCAGGUAUCUUCAUCACCAAAAUCAUCCCCGGGGGAGCAGCAGCCAUGGACGGCCGUCUAGGGGUGAACGACUGCGUGCUGCGGGUGAACGACGUGGACGUCUCUGAGGUGGUGCACAGCAAAGCCGUGGAGGCCCUGAAGGAAGCGGGGCCCGUGGUGCGGCUCGUGGUGCGCCGCCGGCAGCCCCCACCAGAGACCAUCAUGGAGGUCAACCUCAUGAAGGGCCCCAAAGGCCUGGGGUUCAGCAUCGCCGGGGGCAUCGGGAACCAGCACAUCCCUGGGGAUAACAGCAUCUACAUCACCAAGAUCAUCGAGGGAGGUGCUGCCCAGAAGGACGGGCGCCUGCAGAUUGGGGACCGGCUGCUCGCGGUGAAUAACACGAACCUGCAGGACGUGCGGCACGAGGAGGCUGUGGCUGCCCUGAAGAACACUUCUGACAUGGUGUACCUGAAAGUGGCCAAGCCUGGCAACAUCCACCUCAACGACAUGUACGCGCCCCCCGACUACGCCAGCACCUUCUCAGCCUUGGCUGACAACCAUAUAAGCCAUAACUCCAAUCUGGGCUACCUUGGCAGCAUCGAGAGCAAGCCUGCCUACCCAGUCCCUCCCCAGGUGACUCCAUCCCGGUACUCGCCCAUCCCUCGGCACAUGAUAGGGGAUGAGGACUUCACCAGGGAGCCCCGGAAAAUCAUCCUUCACAAAGGUUCCACUGGCCUGGGCUUCAACAUCGUCGGGGGAGAAGAUGGUGAGGGGAUCUUUGUGUCCUUCAUCCUGGCUGGAGGCCCUGCUGACCUCAGCGGGGAGCUGCGGAGGGGAGACCGCAUCCUGUCGGUCGGGCUGGCGCGGCAGCAGGAGACAGGGUGGCGGCUGCUCCUGCCUGCUGGGGAGGUGGUGGUGGCAGCUUUUGCUGGGGUGCUGGAGCCUCUUGGCUUCAUCCUGUCUCAUGCAGGGAUGAACAGGCUCGUGGGGAAGGUGCCCCAUGAAUACUGCCUCUCUCAGCAUGGGUCUGUGGCUCAGGGGCAACUCCUGCCUGCACUGAUCAACCCUUUCCCCACAGAGUACAGCCGCUUCGAGUCAAAGAUCCACGACCUGAGAGAGCAGAUGAUGAACAGCAGCAUGAGCUCUGGCUCCGGCUCCCUCCGGACAAGCGAGAAGAGAUCUCUCUAUGUCCGAGCCCUGUUUGACUAUGACCGGACCCGGGACAGUUGCCUGCCCAGCCAGGGGCUCAGCUUCUCUUAUGGGGACAUCCUGCACGUCAUCAACGCCUCGGAUGAUGAGUGGUGGCAAGCCAGACUGGUCACUCCUCAUGGCGAGAGUGAGCAGAUCGGGGUCAUCCCCAGCAAGAAAAGGGUGGAAAAGAAGGAGAGAGCACGGUUGAAAACGGUGAAGUUCCAUGCCAGGACUGGCAUGAUUGAGUCCAACAGGGACUUCCCUGGGUUAAGUGACGAUUAUUAUGGAGCAAAGAACCUGAAGGGCGUGACAUCAAACACCAGUGACAGCGAGAGCAGUUCCAAAGGACAAGAGGACACCAUCCUGUCAUACGAGCCAGUGACGCGGCAUGAAAUUCACUACGCGAGGCCGGUGAUCAUCCUGGGGCCGACCAAGGACCGGAUUAACGACGAUCUCAUCUCUGAAUUCCCACACAAGUUUGGUUCCUGUGUGCCACACACCACCAGGCCUCGGCGUGACAACGAGGUGGAUGGACAGGACUAUCACUUUGUCGUAUCCCGUGAACAGAUGGAGAAAGACAUCCAGGACAACAAGUUCAUAGAGGCUGGGCAGUUCAAUGACAAUCUCUAUGGGACCAGCAUUCAGUCAGUGCGGGCAGUAGCAGAGAGGGGGAAACACUGCAUCCUGGAUGUGUCUGGCAAUGCUAUCAAGAGGUUGCAACAAGCACAACUUUAUCCCAUUGCCAUUUUCAUCAAACCAAAAUCCAUUGAAGCUCUCAUGGAGAUGAACCGGAGACAGACGUAUGAACAGGCCAACAAGGUCUUUGACAAAGCCAUGAAACUUGAGCAAGAGUUUGGAGAGUAUUUUACAGCAAUCGUACAAGGAGACUCUCUUGAAGAGAUUUACAGCAAAAUCAAACAGGUCAUUGAGGACCAGUCCGGGCACUACAUCUGGAUCCCAUCUCCAGAGAAACUCUGAAGAUGCCCCCCACCUGCUUCCCUGUGAGCAGAAGAUCUCUGAAGUCCCACCCAAGCCCUCUGCCCCAAGAUGGGGGGGGAUAUGAAAACAAUUCCUGCCCCCUUUUUUUAGAUCGUCGCAAAAUUGAGUUUUCUAGUCCUGUUUCUUUUGUUGGGAUGAACUCAUCUCGUUCAUCACGUGACUGUUCCCACUGAUCCUGCAUGGACCUUUCCACUGCUCCAUUAGAGACAGAUGAGAACCCAUUCAAGGUCGUUUUUUAUUAUUAUUAUUAUUAACUAAACC